AUGUCGGGUAGCAAUCUGUGGGAUUUGGAGCUGGAGGGCCCUCAGCAGGGCAGGGGAGGAGCAGGGCAGGGGAGGAGCCGCGGCGGGCAGCUCACAUGGUACUGCCUCCUCCUCCUCCUCAUCCGUGUAUUUCCUUGUCACCGCCUCACGCUUGUAUUUCCUUCUCACCGCUUCUUCUGUAUCCCGGGCGGCUUCCCCGGCCGCUGCAGCCGGGUGACCUUGCGGGGCUGCGGGAGCGGAGCGGGCCGGGCCGGGCAAGCUGAGCGGGGAGCGGGCGGAGAUGGCGGAGGGCGGCGAGGACGAGGAGGAGGAGGAGGAGGAAGAGGAGGCGGCGGCGGGGGAGAAGGGGAGAUGCUGGGCGCCCCGCCUCAGCACAACGGCUUUCUCCCCGGCAAGGAGGGGGAGAACGGCGGCCCCGGGGGAUGCACGGCGCCGGGCGGCCGGCUGGAGACGCGGCUGUCGCGGCGGCGGCUGGCGGUGCUGGGCGUCUUCAGCUGCUACUCGCUGGUGAACGCCUUCCAAUGGAUCCAGUACAGCAUCCUCAGCAACGUCUUCGCCCACUUCUACGGCGUGUCCUUCACGCAGAUAGACUGGCUCUCCAUGGUCUACAUGGUGGCUUACGUGCCCCUCAUCCUGCCUGCCACGUGGCUGCUGGAUGCCCGUGGGCUGCGCCUCACGGCGCUGCUGGGCGCGGGGCUCAACAUGCUGGGCGCCUGGCUCAAGUGUGCCAGCCUGGCACCCGACCGCUACGCCGUCACCAUGGCGGCCCAGGCAGUCUGUGCCGUCGCCCAGGUCUUCAUCCUUGGGCUGCCCUCACGCGUGGCCUCCGUCUGGUUCGGUCCCUCUGAGGUCUCCACCGCAUGCGCCGUGGCCGUGCUGGGCAACCAGCUUGGCACUGCGAUUGGCUUUUUGGUGCCACCUGUUUUGGUUCCAAACACACCGAAUGAUAUUGAUCUAAUGGCACAUAAUAUAAGCAUCAUGUUCUAUGGAACAGCGAUAGUAUCCACACUUCUGUUCUUCUUAACGGGAGUUGUGUUUGAAGAAAAGCCUAAAUAUCCUCCUAGUCACUCUCAAGCACUUCUGCAAGCUCUGCCUCCUGAGGAUUAUUCCUACAAGCAGUCGAUUAUUAACUUAGUCAAAAAUAUUCCGUUUGUACUGCUGCUGAUCAGCUACGGCAUUAUGACUGGAGCAUUUUAUUCCGUCUCCACGUUAUUAAACCAGAUGAUAGUAACUUAUUAUGAGGGAGAAGAAGUGAACGCUGGGAGAAUUGGCUUGACACUGGUGGUGGCAGGAAUGGUGGGUUCGAUUAUUUGUGGUUUGUGGCUGGAUUACACUAAAACAUACAAGCAAACCACUCUGAUUGUUUACAUCCUCUCUUUCAUUGGGUUGGUGGUAUUCACAUUCACCCUGAACCUUGGACAUCUCAUAAUAGUGUUUGUGACUGGAGGAGUACUUGGGUUCUUCAUGACUGGCUAUCUCCCACUUGGGUUUGAAUUUGCGGUGGAAAUUACGUACCCAGAGUCUGAAGGCACUUCGUCAGGUCUCCUUAAUGCUUCAGCACAGAUAUUUGGAAUUGUCUUUACACUUGUUCAAGGGAAGCUUACAACAGACUACAGUCCUCGUGCGGGAAACCUCUUUCUUUGUGCUUGGCUGUUUGUGGGCAUUAUCUUAACAGCCUUAAUAAAAUCAGAUUUGCGAAGACACAAUGUGAAUUCAGGGAUUAUGAAUAUGGACGCUAAACCUGUACCAGUUGACAGUCCUGUAGAACAUGAAAAUUGUACUGCUUUAAAAAUCCAAUCAGAUUUAUAAAUCUGAAAGAAGAUGACUUAGAAACACAAAAGUUUGGUUGAAGACCGAACAAUAUUAAAUACUGUAAUCACUUAUAUGGACUUAUAUGAGUAGUAAAAUGUAUUAGGUGAUGAAUUCAUUGGUGAUUUUGUAGUGGAAACUGGAAGUGGUCAGUUCAUUUCAACCAAGAUGCAAACGACCCAACUUUGUAUGGAAUAUUUAUUUUAAUGGCUUUCAAGUUAUGCAGUUUCACCGGUGAAGAACUGUUUGAAUGCUCUCCACUCUAGGAAGAAAUGUACAUCCAUGAUGCACACUAAAAAGAUCUGGAAUCCUAAAGUAUGCUCAUGAUCAGAAGUAUUUUUGAUUUCAAGGGGGAGAGGGAGAAAAGUUGAUUUCUUCUUCAGUCCUUUCUAGUCCAUUUGGAAAGUCAGAGUACGUAUAGCUGCAUGACUGAGUGUAUUCAUAUUCUUUUUUAUUUUUUUAAUUUUUAUGUUUUUUAAAUGUCUCUGAAGUAAGCCAAUAGUCCCUUCUGGGAAACUGUUUAUAGCACAAGACUGAAAACAGGAGAUAACUACAAAUGUGAGUUUUUUGAGUUUCUUUUGCCUGGAAAGUUCUUGAUGGAUAUCAGAAGGCAGGUGAGGGAAAAACAAACAAACCCACAACAUGUUUCUUAUUUAAUACAGUAAAAAGGAGAAAGACCAUGGAUAUCUCUACUGUGAAGUAUUUAUAGGCAACGGAAUGCUACUGCACGGGUUUCUUCCUGAAUAUUUUGAGUGCUUUCUCAGUUAAAGUGAGAGGAACAUGUGUUUACAAAAUGGUGGUGCCUUUACUUUGUAAAGAAGAUACCUGCCUCCUCUUGAGUUGAACUAGUGCUGCUAAAGAAAUUCCGUUUUGCAUGUUAAACUUCUGGAAUAUGUGUGGAGUAUCAGAAAAUGUGUUCUGUCUUUUUUUCCCAUUUAUUUCUCUGUGUUAUGAAUCAUAUCAUUUAUCUCCUGUGAAUUUUUUAUGCUUAUUGUAUAACUUUGUGCUCAUAUGAAAUGAGACAUGAUUUACGGUUAAAAGCUGUAAGGAUGACUGAAAGGAAAAUAAUGUUUUUCUCUGUCUGAGAAAUUUGCUGUUUAAGUCAUGCAUCUUAGAUGGAACAGACUUCCUUGCCGUUCAGUUUGUGUUAUUACACUUACCUGAAUUUGGGAAGUGGAUUUCACUGCAGUGCUUUUGAAAAUAUUGCCCUUUCCCCUGUGCUCUGUAAACCCAACUACGGAACUGCUGGCAGUACUGUAAUGCCAAGGCUCUGCUGUUACUGAAGAGUCAAACCAGAGCUAGCAGCAUUUAGGCUUUGGCAGCCUUUAAGUUGAGGCUGCAGUUUCGGCACCACCAGUGAUGGAGCCGCUGAGUUCCCACAGAUGUAGCGCGAUCCAGAAGGUGGAAUCCUGCUUGAAGUUUCCCAUGGAUUAAUACAGUGAGGUAUGGGGAACUGUUUAACUCCCAAGACAGACUUUCAACGUGAUGAGUAUAAUUAAAUGCUUUUUUUCCCCCCAUUAUAGAUGUAGAGAAUCUUUAUAUUAAAAGGAACCUCUAAAUGCAUCUUUCUAAGCUUGGCCUCUAAACUUUGUGCUUAAUUUGGCAUUUUGUGUGAUAAAUGCUUCAGACAGGAGAAGACUGAAUGGCAGUGUAUGCACCAGAAAAAGACAGGUAUGUUUGGAACACCUGUCUUUCGAAAAAGGGUCUGUGCCUCUUCGUGGGGUCAAAUGCUAGAGAGAAAAUUGGCACGCCUUGCUGCUUCUGGGCAAGCGAGAAGAGUCCUCUGGUGAGGGAGCUGAAUAGAGGAAAAGUAGAUAUUCAAAUGGCAGGUGAAAUCAUAGGAGGGGAGGCAGAGAGAUUUUCUUUAUGUCAGUUCUUUACGUUGAAUGACUUGCUCUGAUACAGGCUGGCCCAGACAGGGCAAUAUGCACUUUCACUCUGAGAGAGCAAAGAGAAAGUUUCUGCCUUUUGAUAUCCGGGGGUGGCUUUUGCCUUUGGAGAAGUGAUUACACUAUGAUAUAUAUAAAACUAUUCCACAAGAUACAGAUUCAGUAACUAUGGCCUGUAUUUGUCGCCUGUGGUUUCUAUGUACUUCUGCUGUUGCAAAACUUUAGCAAGACCUCUCUGCAGGUUUGGGGAAGUGCUUUCAACUGCCCAGCAGAAAGUCUUUAGCAGUCUGCAGAAUGCUUUCUGUGUCUGGUACACACUGUUCAAAUUCCAGGAUUGAGCUCUUUUUUUUUUUUUUUUAAUUUAUUUUUAAAAUUCCUUUCCUCACUAGUUUCCAGUACCUUCCAGUUUCUUUGGUUCUGUUUAGUUGAUUAUUGAAAAAUAUUCCAGCCCCGCUGCCUCCUUGUGUUUUUUAUCUUCUGCCAAAUUACUUGGCUACCCCCUGAAAAUGUCCAAACAAGCUUUAUGGCAUGCUGGAAAGCCUGCUGGGUCCCUGAAAAUAAAAUAUUUCUAAUAAUGAAGGCUUAAUUACAUCCUGGAUUUAAUACUCCUCAAAAAGAACUUGAAAGUUGGAAACUUGUGAGCGUGUAUUUAUCUGAAAGUUAUUUCUGGGCAAGAAUUAAGUAUGUAAAUAAAAGGCUCAGUAGUAAAGUGAAGAACAAAUAAACCAAUAUUUUAUGCAAUAAUCUUGUCAUCUGUUUAUCAAGAAACUGAGGCUCUACCUCAUGGCAGAAGCAGGUUUGUGGUUGUCGGGGCUUUAUGUUCUGUGCUUUUAAUUUUUGUUUUUAAAUAAUAUCCAUUAAAUCUGAUGUCAGACAGGAAAUAGGGUUUCUGACUCUAUGAGCCUUGGGAUUCUGGCUCAACCCUGCCCUAGCUGAAGUGGAAGAUUAAAAGAAGUAAUCAGUUAAUGAAUGGAGUUCUGUGUGUCAAGAGGAAGGAAUUGGAAACCAAACGAGGAGAAACCUCCCAGUCCCACGCAUUGAUGUUUGCUUUUAAGUAUUCUUAUCUUGUGGGUGCUUCAGGGGAACUCCGGAGGAUGUAAGAGACUCCAUGUGAUUUUGAGCAGAAACAAGAGCUCCGCUCCUGAAUCACCAGAGGCCCACCAGUGUGCAUACCUCCAGCUACAAGGUGCAGAGAUCAGCUGUCGGAAUCGCUGCAGGAGGAAUUCUGCACUUCGCUUGUAAGAGACAAGCGGCAGUGUAUUUACUGAUGAAAGCAGCGCUUUGGCAGGGCUGAGCUGUGAAUGAGACAAGGAUUUGACAAAGCUCACAUGGUGAAACAUGACGUUAACAGGAUUUGCAGUGGCAAGGUCUUGAUGAUUUUUACUGCACCAAGGACAAGGUCAGACUAAAAGCGUCAGGGAGAGCCUCACGGUGAGGGUCAGAGCGGAGUCUCUGCUGCCAUCCAAACUCCAAGGAGUCUGCAUGUGGCUGGCUCCUGUCCUGAUUCUAGAUUCAAGAGUUUAUGAAUAAAGGAUGAUGUGCACAAUCAAUUUUUUGUCACCUAGCUAAGAUUACAAAGUUUCAGCCUGCUUAGCAAGUUACUUGCAAAGUUUCACCAAGCUAGCUAUUAGUCACUUCCUGAGUGUCACUCACAGGCAAGGAAUCUCUUGACCUGGAGGAGUGACCUGGAGGGGUGUCCCUGCUCCAGGGGAAGCUCCUGGCACGCAGGAGGGCUCCAUGAGCUCUGGGCUGUCCCUGUGUUAUUGGGGUGAGGUGAUGACUACUAGUCCUAUUUGCAUGCCAGCCAGAUUUGGUUGGUGCGUGCCUGUUAGUCCUUGGGUCUGUCUCCUCCGAAUCCACCUUGGGCCUGGUUUGUCACCAUCACAGUUCAUCAUGGUCACCACUGAUGGUUAUCGUCUGAGCUGGGUUACAUGUGCAUGAGUAUUUUAUUUUGUAGGUGAAUGCUUGUCCUUAAUGACAUCUCUUCCUGUUGCUAAAUGCCUGUGUUUAAGAAGGAAGAAUGAGGGAGGUGGGAAGAAUACACACAAAUCAUUUCGGGUUAGCAUCACUGAAGAGUGUAGUUACAGCUACCAGCCUAUGUUCCCCUAUGAAAAAUGCCUUUUGAAAGAUCUUUGGGCUAUCUUGUGCAUCUAUGACCAAGUGGAAUUGGGUUAAGCUAUGAAUAUUUACUGCUCUCAUUUUCUAUUCCCUGAACUCAUGUCUUUUGCUGUGUGAAUGGGAACGUGUGACCUUUUUGGUUGCUGUCUUGCUGUACGUUUAUGUGCCACCUUCUGAAGUGUCUAAGACUGCCAAUGAUUCAUAGACCACAAGCUAAGCUGUUGUGUCCCAUGUGAUUUCCCCCACCACCAUGCAGCCUGAAGUCUGUGAAGGGAAGGAGAUGAAGUUAAUGCAUGAAAUGGAAUGAAGUAAGCAAAAAUAUGCCUAAGAGAGAUGCAUUUCUUUGUAAGACCCAUGUUAUUCACUGCUCCUGUCUUUGUUCUCCUCAUGAAGAUAGCAAAGAUUUUUGCUGUAUUUUUUUUUCUGUUGUUGUUACUGUCCCGUUCUAUGUUUCAAAAGAUAAUAAAUAAUGCCUAUGAGUAUUCUCUGAA